CCGAAUUCCUCCCCUCCCCUCCCCUCGGCCUGCCCGUCCCUCAUUUCCCUUCUUCUUUCGAUCUUUCUCCUGGUGAGAAUUACUGGGACCUCCAGCGCAGUCCGGUGCAAAACUGCCCAUCGAUACAAUGCGGCCGUUUGCUACCGUUGUUACGGCGCUCUGCGGGCUUGUCCUGUCCAGCAGCUCUAUAGUUUGCGCCGAUUCUACCUCUCACCCUUCUCAGGUGCUGCUCCCUGCCGACUUCAAGCCUCCUCAGGUGUUUAAGAAUGUGAAUCUCGUGCGGAAUACCAACUUGGAAAAGGGCUAUGCUCGCGAGACCGUCAACAUCGUCGUCGAGAAUGUCGAUAAACAGCCCCGGAGUGAAUACUACCUGUCCUUCCCCUCAGACGUAUUCAAUCAGGUGGGAGGAUUGGAAGUUCGAAACAAAAAGCAGGUAGAGAAAGGAAGGCUUGAUGUGGAAAUUGCGACAGUUGAUUCACCCAGCGAUGUUCAAUACUUUGUUGUCCACUUCUCUGAGCCUCUUGCUCCCUCCUCGCAGAUCACUCUCGGCAUUUCGUACUCUCUCCUCAACUCGCUCCAUCCUCGCCCUGCUGCCAUUGAGCAGUCGGAUCGCCAGUUCCUGACAUACUCCUUCUCCGCAUACGUCCCCUCUGCCUACCAGACGGUGACACAAAAGACCAAACUGAAAUUCCCCAGCACCAACAUUCCUGACUAUACCACCACGGAUCUCAAAACCGGUGAAGAUCCCGAGCGUCACGGCUCGACCUACACAUACGGUCCCUACGACACGGCCCAGGUUGCACCAGGAACUACCCACCCCAUUACUGUCCGUUACGAGUUCACCAAGCCUGUGAUCACCGCGUCUCUGUUGGAGCGCGACUUGGAAGUGUCUCACUGGGGAGGCAACUUGGCUACCGAGGAGCGCUACUGGCUUCACAACAAUGGCUCCAAACUGCUGAACCACUUCUCCCGUGUGGAAUGGACCGUCUCCAACUACCAGCAGUCGCCCUCAUCUGCGAUCCGGGAACUCAAAUACCCAUUGAAGCCAGGCUCCGUGGACCCCUACUUCAUCGACGACAUCGGCAACAUCUCUACCAGCCGCUACCGCCCCGGGAAAGCCAACCGGGAAGCCAAUCUCGAGCUCAAACCCCGGUUCCCUAUCUUCGGUGGCUGGAACUACAGCUUCCGUCUUGGCUGGAACAACGAGCUGUCGACCUUCCUCCGGGCCUCGGGUGCAGAAUCUUACGUUCUCAAGGUUCCUUUCCUUGAGGGACCGAAGAUGCCUGAAGGUGUCCAGUAUGAGAAGGUAGUUGUGCGUGUAAUCCUCCCCGAAGGAGCCCGCAAUGUGCGAUACGAGACUGUCGACGGAAGCUCCAGUAACGGUCUUCCUAGCACCAGCCAGAUCCAGUCUUCCUUGUCCACCCACAAGACAUUUAUGGACACCCUUGGCCGCACCGCAUUGACUCUGACCGUGGAAAGCCUUACCGAUGAAGCCCGCGACGCCCAGCUUAUCGUUACCUACGAGUAUUCCUUCUGGGAUGGAAUGCGCAAGCCCUUGACGAUCACCGCUGGGCUCCUGAGCGUAUUCGCAGCUCUGUGGGCUAUUGGAAACAUUGACGUCAGCAUUAAGAAACGAUAGGAUAGUUGUGUAUAACUGUUGUGCGAAUAUCGCCAUUUUUGUUUCUUCUUCUUCUUCUUCUUCUUUUGCUGUGUUCUUUUCUUUUCUUUUCUUUUCCUUAUACCAGUACAAUAAAAAUUGAUGUUUCAUUUCUCCAUAGAGCAAUUCUACCACUGCCUUACCUCACCGUUUCAAGCUAACUAUAACGUGGAUGCCCAAGAAAAGGCAAAUGGAUAACAAUUGCACCCUCAGAUAUACAUACAUACAAAAAUCGUACAACCCCCUUUCCCUUCUCCCAUGUAGGUAGGUAAGAG